UCGUUUUCACGGUCGACGGUUUCUCUCCUUUCGUAGGUCAAAUACGACCUCCUUUUGGGACUUUUCCACAGCCUACGGACGGUGGAGUCGUUUCUGUCGAGUCAUUUUUCUCCACACUUUCCUUUUUAUGAAGUUUUAUCAGGAAAUAUGUCGCCGUCGUCGUUCACCGUUUUGAUUUGCUUUUUGUCUCUGAGCAAAGCGAGCUCAGUCAUCUACGGCAAAGUUGGAGGAAAAGUCGUCCUCGACCCCGGCCCUUCGGCUAAACUUAUCGAAACCAUAACGUGGAAACAUGGCGAAGACAUCGCCGUGGAGUCGUACGGGGGAAAAGUUUUUGCCUACCGACAUUUUAACGGCUGCACCGCUCUGAACAUGUCCACCGGAGUUCUGACCAUCUCGGCUUUGAAUCGGAACCACAGCGGCAGCUACACGGCGGAAAUCAACAACGUAGUCGCCAAGUCGAUGGAAGUCCGGGUGUUGUUGCCCGUCCCCAAACCCGUUGUCUCCAUGCGAUGCGACGCCGAGCACGUUGUCUGCACUCUGACCUGCAAAGGCAACACCACCGGCGCCGAACCGGUCAGAUACUCCUGGUCCAUAUUUGACGUCCUUUCCUAUGAACGCGGUCCAGAGUUGAACAUAACGAAGGAGAACCCGGACCCCUGGUUCCGCUGUGACUUGGAAAAUGAUGUCAGCUCUGCAAGUAGUGAGAAAAUUAACAACCCUUUCAAAGGAAGGAAUCAUUGGCUCAUCAUCGGCCUCUCGGUAGCCUGUGUGGUUCUGCUCAUUGGUAUCUUUUUAGUCUGGUUCAUACGCAAACGCAGAAAAGAACAAUACGACGUCGGGACAGUAGAAGAACGCAAAGAAAUGCUCGUCGAUCCCAGUAACGGAGGAGUCACAUUUUCAUCUGUCCAAGAAACAGCGCAACAAAACCACAUGUCCUCAGUGGUCCCUGUGGUCGACAACGAGACUGAAACGAUCAAUGAAUCAUCCGAUCAGGACAAACCAUCAAAGGAGUCCAGCGAUGAACCCGGUGAGUAAACUGCAAAUAAAGAAUGUUCUGGACUAUUUGGAGGCUGCAAGUCAAAUAUGCAGUUUGUUGAAAGGUGUUUGUGUUUGUAAACUGAUUUCUUUUGUGUGUCUUCCUUCAUCGUUGUGUUACAUUAAAGCCCCCUGAUAAAUAAACAGGUCAUGAAAAA